AUGAUCAUAAAAAGUCGUUUAUGUUAUAAAUGCGGCAGGACUGGAACCGCCGGCUUCAGCCGCCUUGUCCCCGCGUCUAGCGGCAAACCAGUUGGUAACAAACAAGACAGUGCCAUGAGAAGGAGACUGGAACAACUGGCUGAAGAUGCGUAUCCCUCCAGUGAGAAUCCUGAGGCUGGAAAACCUGUUGAUGCGUUGCCGUACAAUCGUCAGACACCAGCAGUGACUGAGUCCGCACCCAGCGCCAUGGUUGAUGAAUCAGACAUAGAGAAACUGAUUCGAAGAAUCGAAGGUUCGGAGUUCACAAACCAAUAUCAGAAGGAAAUUGGGAUCAGUCAAAUCCCUAAAUAUGUGGGUAAACAGAUCAAGGAUACUGCCAUGGAUGAUGUGUGGACUGGUGAUGAAAAGGCUGAAGACACUGUAUUGCGGUUGUUAAUGGAUAAGCAUAAGCCUAAGAGGACAACCAAGGUGCGGCCCUUAAUCACACCUCCUGUGCCCUUGAGGGAACGAGUUGGUUUGGCCAAAGAGAAGAGCCUUGACUAUAAGCUACACAAAAUUUCGAACACCGAUAAUGCCAAGGAUGCGGCCAAGACCAAGACGUCCUCAGAGGAAGAAGACCGGCAUUUCGCGGAACUCUACAAGGAGAGACUUCUAGGGCCAAGUUUGCUGCUAUCAGACUCGUUCGUUGGAGUGAACAACUCCAUUACAGCAAUGGCUAAUCAGCGGAUAGAAGAAGCCAAACAACGCGGUGAAUUUAACAACGUUACGCGGGGAAAGCCUUUUAAGCGGGAUUUCAACACGGAAAAUGCAUAUCUUGACAGAACAGAAUACCACCUCAAUAACAUCUUGAAACGCCAAGAUGCGAUGCCGCCCUGGAUCGAGAAGCAGGGAAGUGUGGAUGCUGCAAUCAGAAAGUUCAGGGAAUCGCUAGAUCAGGCUUGGCGCAAAAGAGCCAUAGUGCUGUUCAGUGACAGGUUUCCGAAGUCGGAUCUAGAAGAGAAACUGAGGUUUUUGAACAAGUACAUCAAGGCAGAGGACAGGUCCAACAGAAGCGAGCAGUUACGCGAUUUCGAAUGGGAAGAGAAGCAGCGCAAAUACUUGAAGGCCAAGCUGAGGUCAUUAAAUGACAACAUAAGAGGAUACAACCUCCAAGCGCCAUUGCCGUCUCAGAAAAUGUAUCUUGAUAUUGAAAAAGAGCUGAAGUUGGCGUACAAAAGAGUUGCACCAGCUUUACCAGAAGCGCUGAAAAGGCACGUUUUGGGCGGCAACGAAAUAGACACCCAGCCCCAAAACACUUCAAUUGCAAGUGUAAGUCUUGGCUACAGAGACCUGCACCAACGCACCGCACAGAGCACGUACCAGGUACCCUCUGAAAGCCUCGGAAAAAUGAUUUUGGACUUAUUCCGGAAAGAACGGUGA